AUGGACAACUCCCUCCUGCUGGGACUCCCCAUCCUCCUCUGCUGCUUUAGAGCAGUGUGAGGCCCUCUCUCACUUGGAUCUCCCUACUCUCUGGCCCACAUUAUAGAAAUUAUUCAGUGCAGGAUGUGCCACCUCCAGUUUCCAGGGGAGAAGUGUUCCAGAGGCAGAGGAAUAUGCACUGCGACAAUGCAAGAGGCUUGCACAACUGGGAGGAUUUUCAGAAAUGAUGGUACACCCUGGUUAACCUUUAGGGGCUGCCUAAAGAACUGUGCUAAUGUGAACAAUAUAAAAUGGAGUGUCUAUCUGGUGAACUUCAGGUGCUGCAGGAGCCGUGACUUGUGCAAUGAAGACCUCUAG